ACAAUACUCGUUAUACAGCCAAUCGCAGCUACAACUGAGUCCGGGUUCGACCGGGGAGAAUCAUCGUUUGUGCAUUGCAAGGGUUUGAGACAAUAACAUCGCCAGCAAGUGCAUCGUAAGCAUGGUGCACGCCGAUUCAUCCGCGUUCGCAGAUGGCUUGAGCAAGAAGGAGGUGUACGCACAAGUUCUAGAACAGGCGAGACUGUUACUAGACGGCCAAAGAAACUGGCCUAACACCGUUCCUUACAGCAACUUCUCAAACACCGCCGCCCUGCUCUGGCACGCCUACCACUCUCUCCCCGCGCCUUCAAGCCAUGUCAACUGGGCAGGAUUCUACUUCAAAGACCCGUCGAACCCUUCUCGGCUUCUUCUCGGUCCCUUCCAAGGCCAAGUAGCAUGCCAGACGAUCGCCUUCGGGCGUGGCGUUUGCGGAACGGCGGCACAGGAGGCUAAGACGCAGUUAGUCGAGGAUGUGGAGACGUUUCCGGGCCAUAUUGCGUGCGAUGGGGCGUCGAAGAGUGAAAUCGUUGUUCCUAUUGUUAAGGAUGGGGAGGUGCUAGCGAUCAUCGAUAUUGAUUGUGCCGAGUUGGCUGGGUUCACAGUGGAGGAUCAGGUUGCCUUGGAAGAGUUGGCAGAGCUGCUUGCUCAGUCGUGCGACUUCUGAUGGGAAAGAAGCCGGGAAAUGCAGGAGAAUAUGAAUGCCGCUCAGCCCGAGCACACAACACGCCUCACGAUGGUCCACUGAGGUGCUCCGCUCUCCAUUUUGGGCUCACGAAGGCGCGUAAGGCAGGUUGUCGCGAUCGGGGACUGUUACGGCAGCUCCCCUUGAAUUUUUGAAACA